CCGGCAUCUUCCGCUUCCGGAAGGAUUCCCAUUUACAACAACCAUGGCCGACGCCGUGAGCAAUGGGGGUGUCGGAGGCCCGGACCCAGACCCGCUCGGCCGGGAGCCCAUCCCGGGCUUUGCCGAUGUUGACGCCUACGUGCAGCACGUGCUGGGAAGUGUGGUGAAGGCGACACGGGCAUCUAUGGGGAUGCCGAGCCCCGGGGAGGAGCUGGAUUUUUACCAGACUUUCCCGGCAGUGCGGAACGUCUACGAGAAUUCAGCGCAAAGACUGCUCAAUGGCAUCUCCAAUCUGUCGCGUUAUUAUGGCUGCCGUGGUCACGUGACGGACUCGAUGGACCCCGAGGAGCGAUUCGAAGGGCUGGUGGAUGCCACCGACACCAUCCUGGAGCGUGUGGGCACGUUGUUGGACGAGGUAUCAGGGGUGAACAAAAAUAAGGCCCCCGUGCUCCCCCAGGGAACCCUGCCCCCCAAGACCAUCGUGUCCUCGUGGAAUCGUCGGAACCAGGAGUCUGCCUCGGCGCGAGGCCGCACAUUCCACGCGCUGCAGGCCAAGAACAUCGCACGGCCACAGCUCAGCUUCACGCAGAGAGUGGACAACUCAAACGUGCCUUUCCUGCCCAAGCUGCGUGUGAAGCCCAAUGCCCUCAAGCCGCUGCCAGCAGCACUGCGUUUACGCCGGGACGUGCGCCCGGAUGACCUGGACGUACCUCCCGCCCUCGCUGACCUCCUGCACCAGCAGCGUACGCAUACACAGGAAGACGUGUACCUUUGCCCACCAUACCAGUUUGAGCUGGAGAGUUUCACUCCCAGUGAGGAGCUCCUUCAAGAGCCAGAACCACAGAAGUUCCGGCCUCUGGAGGAGACGCCACUGACCUUAGUGACCUCCUUGGAAGAACUAGCGCAGGUCAACGAAAAGCUGCUCCAGUGCAAGGAGUUCGCUGUGGACCUUGAGCAUCACUCAUACCGUUCCUUCCUGGGCAUCACCUGCCUCAUGCAAAUCUCGACGCGCGAAGAGGACUUCAUUAUCGACACACUGAUGCUGCGCGACGACCUGCACAUCCUCAACGAGGCCUUCACCAACCCCAAAAUUGUCAAGGUUUUCCACGGAGCGGACUCGGACAUUGAGUGGCUGCAACGUGACCUGGGCCUGUACGUGGUGGGCCUGUUCGACACGCACCCAGCGGCGCGCUCCCUCGGCCUCGCCAGAAACUCGCUCGCCCACCUCCUCAUGCACUACUGCAGCCUGUCUACCGACAAGCAGUACCAGCUGGCUGACUGGCGCAUCCGGCCUCUCCUGCCAGACAUGCUGCACUAUGCGCGUGCCGACACGCACUACCUGCUGUACGUGUACGACCGCGUCCGCGCCGACCUGCUCACCAAGGCGCUGGGCCGACCCAACCUCCUGCAGCUUGUGUGGGACCAGAGCCGAACUGUGGCACUCAAGCGCUACCACAAGCCGGUGUUCACCGAGGACUCCUACCUGGAGCUGCUGCACAAGCACAAGCAGCCACUGGAUGUGCAGCAGAGCAGCGCCGCCCGGCUCCUGUACGCCUGGGGCCACCGCACGGCACGCACCGAGGACGAGAGCACGGGAUACGUCCUCCCAAACCACAUGCUCAUGAAGAUCGCAGAGGAGAUGCCUCGGGAGCUGCAGGGCGUGCUCGCGUGCUGCAAUCCGGUGCCGCCCCUCGUGAGGCAGAACGCCAAUGAGCUGUGGCAGCUCGUCAAGCAGGCACGCCUCGUCCCGCUCAUCAAGAGCGAAACGCCCAUCAAGGCUCCAUCGAGAACAUUCAUCACCCGGACAGAGCGAUUGGAAAACCCUCUCUUCUGUCCUCACGAUGGCUUAUCAUUGGACGACAGGCAGCCAAUCACAAGGCACGGUACUGAAGUGGAGGGAGCACGGAGGGCGGUGCCUGCCACGCGCCCGGUCCUCACCCUGUUUGACGACAGCGAAGAGCAGCAGAACGAGGCUCGCACUGCUCAGAGCUCCACGUCCCAGAUGAAGGCAGCGCGUGUCCUGCAGACGUUCGUCAACCCCUUUGGCAUGUAUCUACCAUCCAGUGACGGGAAAUCUCUGCCAUUUCAAGAAAAGAAAUUGGAUCCUAACUCAAAAGUGUUUGAGAUCUGUAGUCGCUGGAAACUGAUGAAAGCGCCAGAGAAACCAAAGAAGAGCUCUGCACAGCCUGCAAAAGCCAAACACGCGGAGAAGAAGAUGAAGGUGGAGCGCCCUCAAGAGGAGCCGGUCGCCGUACCGACUGUGCGAGAGCAGAAACAGGGUGCCAUACGUAGAGAGGCACCGGGGGCAGCCGAGGUCACGGAGGUCGGAGGGAAAAGGCAGCGCGCGGACUCGGACUCAUCGCCAGCGCCACCACUCGUGCCAGAUGACUUCACCCCCCACGAGUACACGGAGGCCGACGCUCACAUCUUCACAGCCGGGUGCUCUCGAGGAAGAGAUCAGAACAGACACACGACUCGGCAGGACAAGCAUAAGUUGCGCGGGCGGGGGCAAAGUGGUCGUACAGUCUUCAGAGGAUCGGCACGGGGCAUGACGUACAUGCAGGGACACAGUGGCCGGGGAGGCUCCCGGCAGGCGUGGCCGAAAAAAUGAAGAUGUGAAGAGAGGCGGUGAGAGUCCUGGAGGGGAGUGAACUGGCAUUGGUGCAGGGCGGACAACAAACGUCUCCCAUGGAUACGAGGCGACAUCAACAACAAACGCAAUUAACAGCAACAUCCAGGAUCAACUGGCGAAUUCGAACAACACGCAGUUAACAGCAACACCGAGUCAACCGGAGUAUCUAACAAUACACGGGAGUUAAUAGCGACAUCUAUUCGGCCAGUAAAUUCUAGCAACACAGUUCACAGCAACUCCUAAAGUCUACCAGAGUACAAAUAAGACACGUAGUUUACACCAACUGCUCGAGUCACACAGGGUCUCCUGUAACUGCGACGUUAACAACACACGGAUACAAGUACCCUGUGUGGCCAGUAACACCCAGACUCAACGGCAACACCCCAAAACACACCCAGUGUCACCAACAUCAUCUCACAUUAUCAUUAACAGCUGAUAAUACCAGCUACAGCCAGCUACAUUGAGCAUCACCAGCAAAAUGAGUGAUAAACCAGCUUUAAUACUUUCCAUCAAAUAAUGAGAAACUCAUGUCCUGCGCGUGUAAAUAAUAAGUUUUCACACGUGCAAUGCCCAUGCACUCUCACACAAUCACAUGAACAUAGAUGUUAGCACUCACAUGUGCACACAUAAGCGCAAGCUUUUUUGAUAACCCUGCACCCCCUGCAUUACCAGUUUAAUGACUUGUUUCCACAUGGAUGUUGUGGUGCUGACAAGGAGACCGCAAAGAAAUGAUGUAAAAAUAAAUUUGGUUUCACGUUUUUAA